AUGGGUGUCUGCUCAGCCUCCUCCCAGACAUUGCUCCCGUAUACUCGCGAGCAAGUCUAUGAUUUUGUUACGAACCCCCACAACUGGCCGCUCACGUACAAGGGCAGUGGCGGAAUCCAACAAAACCUCGAAAUUCCUCUGAAACUUGGUGAUCAGUGGACGGAAAAGGUAGUCCUUGCGGAAAAUACCUAUUAUUCCGCUUGGACCCUCAUUACUGCUGUGCAGCCAUGGAAAUGGGCGUUUCUACAAGUGAAUGGUAUUGGUGCGACAGAUGAAUCGAUUCUGGAUGGCGUGGAGGGGUCUACGAAGAUUGAGAUAACUUUACUCGAUUGA